CAGCGGAUGAGGUGAUAACAGGGUCACGCAAAGAACCAGAGGGGAGGUGUUCACUCUCUCCAGUGCAGUAGUUCCUACGAUGUCGAUGGCUGGCUAAUGAACGAUCACCAUCCGCAGGGCAGACGACAGGUCACGUGCUUUCGCGCCGUACCGCGCAGCACCAGGCACCAUGUACCAUUGUCUCCGCCAUCCACACGCUCGACAGCCUCGCAUUUCCUUGAUUGGCCGUCCGACUCGACUGUUGCACAAAGAGUCCUCGACGUCGUUUAUCCUCGGCUAUUCAGGCCAGUGAACACUCAGUCCGAAGGAUAUUCGCGCUUGCUGUCGUCAAAUCAUCGCCCAGCGAGGUGCAGCUCACGUUGACGAGUCAUACUCGCCUCGCACCAACUUCAUGUUCACCUUGCUCCCCACUCGCUGCUGCGAGGGUUACAGCAAAAAGUGAGGCAGCUGGCCCGGGAAAGUCCGGCAGAGCUGUCAUCACGAUGCCCGACACCACGGACAUGGACAUUGACGAUGAAGUGCAUCCUGGGGCAAUGGCAACUAGCGGCAUCAAGCGGAAGGCCGACGGCGACCCCGAGGAGUCUCGCCCUGCCCGCAGAAUCAAGGCCCUUGAUCCCAAUGUGGUUAACAAGAUAGCAGCGGGCGAGAUCAUCGUUGCACCGGUUCAUGCACUCAAGGAACUGAUAGAAAACGCCGUCGAUGCGGGAUCCACCUCGUUGGAGAUCCUUGCCAAGGAUGGCGGGCUCAAGCUCCUCCAGAUCACCGACAAUGGGUGUGGCAUCCAGAAAGAAGACUUGGCCAUCCUCUGUGAGCGCCAUACCACCUCCAAGAUUACCUCCUUCGAGGACCUCUCCUCCAUAGCCACAUAUGGAUUUCGAGGCGAAGCCUUGGCCAGCAUCAGCCACAUUGCACAUUUGACCGUGACAACCAAAACCAAAGACUCUGACCUCGCCUGGCGCGCUACGUACCAAGAUGGUAAACUUGCCCCGGCAAAGCAUGGUCAGUCUGCCGAGCCAAAGGGCGUUGCUGGUCGUCCCGGUACCCAAAUAACCGUCGAAGACCUGUUCUAUAACAUCACCGCUCGCCGGAAAGCGUUCCGCUCCUUCCCUGAUGAGUUCAACAAGAUCAUAGAUAUGGUAGGCAGAUAUGCUGUGCAUUGCAAAGGAGUCGGCUUCACCUGCAAGAAGGCGGGCGAAUCCUCCACCAGCCUCUCAAUCCAAGCUCAGGCGACUGUUAUCGACCGUAUCCGCCAGAUCCACGGCAGCAGUGUUGCCAACGAGCUCAUCAAGUUUGAGACCUCGGAGGACCGCUGGGGUUUCAAGGCCGAAGGUUACACAACAAAUGCCAACUAUUCUGUCAAGAAGACUACCCUUUUACUCUUCAUCAACCAUCGCUGCGUUGAGUCGACCCACAUCAAAAAGGCGCUGGAGCAAAUGUACUCGAACUUCCUGCCAAAGCAAGGCCAUCCAUUCGUCUACCUGAGUUUAGAGAUUGAGCCAGCUCGAGUAGAUGUCAACGUCCAUCCAACCAAAAGGGAGGUUCAUUUCCUCAAUGAGGACGAAAUCAUUCAAGCAAUAUGCGAGCACAUCGAAACUAAGCUUGCCGCCGUGGAUACAAGUCGAACAUUCAUGACUCAGACCCUCCUGCCUGGUGUGAAGGCCGCCGACCCAUCUCCACGAACGGAUAAUGACGGUACCCCAGGUCGAGUGACCCCCUUAACCAAGAGGCCUAGGCGAAACUCAAAUGACUUGGUUCGUACUGAUACGUCUGAACGGAAAAUAACGUCCAUGUUUUCUCGGGCUGGACUCAAUCGAUCAUCGGGAUCCACAGAUCGCUCGGAGCAGGCGCUGCCCGUACCCGAGGACCUCGAUUACGAAACCAUUGAUCGAGCAUCUGUUCCCUGUCGGCUCAGCAGUGUCAAGGAGCUGCGAUCCGAGGUCCGCGAAGGAAUACAUGAUGAGUUGACAGAGAUAUUUGCUUCCCAUACUUUUGUUGGAGUAGUUGACGAUCAUCGCCGAUUAGCUGCUAUACAAGGAGGCGUCAAGCUGUAUUUGAUCGAUUAUGGACACACAUGUUUCGAAUACUUUUAUCAGGUUGGAUUGACCGACUUUGGCAACUUCGGUACAAUUCGCUUCAGCCCUUCGCUAGACCUGCGGGAGAUGCUCCGCAUGGCGGCCGAGGUGGAGAAGAACACCGUCUGUUCUCCUGACGAAGACUUUGAUGUCGAGACCCUUGUUGAUCGAGUGUCAAGCCAGUUGGUUGAGCGCCGAGAGAUGCUCCACGAGUACUUUUCCCUUGAGAUAUCCCCUGCGGGCGAGCUUGUCUCCAUCCCGCUCCUCAUCAAGGGGUACACACCACCGCUUGUCAAGCUCCCGCGUUUCCUCCUACGCCUCGGGCCCCAUGUUGACUGGGGCGAUGAGAAGGGCUGUUUUGAAACCUUUCUCCGCGAGCUCGCAACCCUGUACGUCCCCGAACCAUUACCCGCUCUUCCAGGAGACGAGGAGGGUCUUCGCACGGAGGACGUCCCCAACGAGAUCCGGGUGCGCAGGCAGCAUGUCCGGUAUGCUGUACAAAACAUCUUCUUCCCCGCGUUCAAGGCCAGACUGGUGGCCACGAAGUCACUCAUGGAGCAAGGCGUCUUGGAAGUGGCGAGCUUGAAAGGUUUGUAUCGGGUUUUUGAGAGGUGUUAAGAGCGGUCAUGUUGUCAAUACUUCGUGGCCCAUUCUAUGGUAGUUGUUUGUCUGGUGAUUCUGGGCCUGGCUGCGUCAUGGUGGGACAAGUAGAAACUGAUCUGGCUUUCACGUACGAGUUAUGAGAUAGAAUGCUACAACAGCGUGGACGGUGCAAGGUAAAUGUGUUCAAUUUCAAAGAUCAAUCAU